AUGACCGCAUCAAAGUCAUUUCUUGGAUUACUGUUUGUAGUCGCUGCUUUAACCCAGAUAUCGACUUCUAAGAAAAUCAAGAUUCUAUCAGAUUUUACGACUUUUCAAGACAAGGAGUUCUUUAAAACAACCUUCCCUUGGAUAGCCCAUAAUGUUGGGCCCAAACUCCGUGUAAAAUACUACUUAAAAGGAGAAAAAGAUGGUAAACGCAUGUGCGUAUUGGAUAAUUUGAAGCGCAAUCUGCUACUUCAAGCAGACUACAUGAAAUGUGAGGCUAAUGGCGAACAAGAAUGCCUGAAAAACCUUCCAAUUGAUCACAGGAAACUUGAUAAAUGCAUAAGAAAAGGUCAUAAGACACUUAGAAAAGUCGAAAAGCAAUUUAGAAAAUACAGACCCAGUGAAACGCCAGUAAUAAUAAGAGGACGGUCUCAACAAACAGUGCAUGAUCCGAAAACCGUGCUGUUUAAUAUUUGUGGAAUGUUUGGAAGGAAGCAACCUGAGGGUUGUUGGAAGCCUUCUGAAGCUCCAGUACCAGCUACACCGUCUACUACCGAAUGCACCCAGAAGCCAAGUGAUACAACAACUCCGGUCCCAGGCGGCAACAACACCACAAUAGCGCCAGGUGGCAACAACACCACACCAGCGCCAGGUGGUAACAACACGACACCAGCGUCAGGUGGCAACAACACCACACCAGCGCCAGGUGGCAACAACACCACACCAGUGCCAGGUGGCAACAACGAUACAACAACAGCGCCAAGCGGCACCAAAGACGCCGGGCAAUCGGACUCCACGCAACAGUCGGACGCCGCGCAACAGUCGGACGCCACGCAACAGUCGGAUGCCGCGCAACAGUCGGACACCGCGCUACAAUCGAACACCGCGCAAUAGCCGGACGCCGCGCAACAGCCAGACACCGCGCAACAGUCGGAGUAGAGUAAUUCUUGAGAAAGAUAUUUUUUUAACACUAUUAAAUAAAUACAACAUAAAACUAGAA